UUUACUUAACAAAUAACGUCGUCCAUCGAAUAAUGUUCAAAUUUACGAUACUCGUGUUGUUUGCCGUCACCGGCUUUUGCAGCAGCGCAGAGAACCUUGAAACUGUGAGCGACGACGAUCUUGUAAAACGAUUCCACAGUCACACCAAUUUCAUCGUACUUUUCGCAAAACCAAACUGUGCUGAAUGUGACAAGUAUGAGCAAAUUUUGUUCAACCUAAAACAAGCAAUCGAGGACAAUUUGGAAGCACAUGCGAUAAAGGCGGUUAGCAGUUCUAUGGCGCGUCUGUACAGCCCCAGUAAAGAGCCGGCCGUGGUCUACUUCCGGCACGGAGUACCGCUACUUUACGACGGGCCGAUCGAAACGGACGCUGUGAUCAGUAAACUCGUGCAGAACAAAGAUCCGAACGUUAAGGAGCUCUCGGAUGAAACGUUCGAGCACCUGACACAAGCCUCAAGUGGCGCUACGACUGGGGAUUGGUUUAUCAUGUUCUACACAACGAAGUGUGUCGAUUGUCAACGUUUAACAGCCGUUUGGGAAGCGGUCGCUGCCGAUUUGAAAACCCGUAUGAAUGUGGCGCGCGUGGACAAGGAGGUUAAGGGCAAGGAGACGGCCGCUCGACUAAAGGUCAAAAACGCUCCUGAGUUUAUUUUCUUGCGCCAAGGAAAGUUUUACCGGUAUGAGAUCAACAAAUACGACAUCAAAUCAUUCGUCACCUUCGCUCAGGAUUGGUACAAGAAUGCUAAGAGUGAAAGAGUCCCCGUGCCCUUGACACCAUUUGACACCCUGGUUGAAGCGGCCGUAGAGCUGCUGAAGAACCUGCCGGAUAUGUACGCAAAGUUGUACUCCGACUAUCCACUGGUUGUGUACGCGUUCUGCAUCGGGUUGCUGUUCAUAGUUGGUGGAUUUGUGCUGGCCAUUGGAUUGGCCAUCAUCACACGCAUCAAAGCCGGAACUCGUGCGAAGAAAGAAACUGUGAAAAAGGCAAAGUAAAUCGACAAAACGAUACA